CACAGUCCUCCAAGAAGAAACAAUGCAAGAACAUUCAGAGUCACAGUUCCCCUCUUCCAGCCCAGGCAUGCGCUCGACAUGGAGGGAGAGGUGGCACGGUGAAUACUCCUUGCGCGCGCACGCCCCCACCCACCCUAUAAUAACCCCUCGCCGCGCGCACCACCACACAAGCGUGUCUACUAGCAGCCGAUCGAGGAGCUAGGCGCAAGCUACCCCCAACCUCGAGCUACUACCAGCCGGCAGCGGCAGCUGCUGUGCCGCUGCCGCCAUGGAGAACCCCUACACGAGCUUCUUCAAGAACCACCCGCACCGCCACCGUUACUACUACCACCCCGCCACGCCGCCGGCGCCAGCAGUGACGCCCGCCGCCUACUCCUCCCUGCCCUUCUUCGCCGCGCAUCUGCAGCCACCACCAACCCACACGCCGCCCGCCCCGCCCUCGCCCCCGCUCCGGGAAGCCCUGCCGCUCCUCUCGCUCGCCCCGGCGGCCGCGUCAUCGUCGCGCGGUAUCACGCGAGAGCCGGGGCAGCGCGGCCGGGUAGCGGCGGAUUCUGACGAGGACGGGGACGACGAGGAAGAGGAGGAGGGCGGCCCCGCCGCGAGCAGUAACAGCGGCCACGGACAGCAGCGCGUGGGAGGCGGGCUCUUCGCCGACCUGAACGCCAAGGCCGCGGGCGACCCGAUGGACGUGGAGUCCGGCGGCUCCGCGGCGGGCGACGUGAUCGUGGCGCUGCGCAUCGGCUUGCCGACGACCAGCGCCGGCUCGGCCGACCCCAUCGGCGCCCGCAGGAGGCAUGAGGACGGCGGCGCCGAGGAGGAGGAGGACGACGAAGGGAGGAAUGGCAGGGAGAACGGCGGCGGCGGGGAGGAGGAAGAGGAAGAAGGGGAGGCCGUGGCAGCCCCGCUAGGGUUCCCGUCGACGCCGAUCGGGCGGCUGAACAAGGGGCAGUACUGGAUCCCGACGCCGUCGCAGAUCCUGAUCGGCCCGACGCAGUUCUCCUGCCCCGUCUGCUUCAAGACCUUCAACCGAUACAACAACAUGCAGAUGCACAUGUGGGGCCACGGGUCGCAGUACCGCAAGGGCCCGGAGUCGCUGCGCGGCAUCCAGCCGACGGCGAUGCUGCGGCUGCCGUGCUACUGCUGCGCGCCGGGGUGCCGCAACAACAUCGACCACCCGCGCGCCAAGCCGCUCAAGGACUUCCGCACGCUGCAGACCCACUACAAGCGCAAGCACGGGCUCAAGCCCUUCCUCUGCCGCCGCUGCGGCAAGGCCUUCGCCGUCAAGGGCGACUGGCGCACGCACGAGAAGAACUGCGGCAGGCUCUGGUACUGCCUCUGCGGCUCCGAGUUCAAGCACAAGCGCUCGCUCAAGGACCACGCCCGCGCCUUCGGACACGGCCACGGCUUCGUCGGCGGCGCCGGCGCCGGCGCAUGCGGCGGCGACGACGACGGCGCGGUCUCCGACGUCGACCACGACGGCGCCGCCGCGGCCAAGUCGAUGUGAUGAUUGUUAUCACCGAUGAUGAUCCGUCGAUCGGUCGAGCUCCGAGCCUCCGAUCCAAGCCGGCCGGCCGGAAGAUCGAUCGAUCUUAUACAUACAAAGACACUGUAUGAUCGAUGCUGUACUGUAAGAGAUGAUCGAGCUGUUCUUUUAUUUUCGUUGCCGCUGCAGCUGCUGCUGUUAUGUCUUCUUUAUCAUCUUAUAAUUAGGUACGUUGUGUUUGGUUGGAGGGUGAACUUGCAUUGCAUUGCUAGGGCAUAAGUACGGCACGGCUCAUGUGUGGUCAUUGUAGUACUCUUGUUCUCUAUCAUCCUAGUGAUUGUAGGAGGGCUCGACUAGGGAACUAGCUAGUACUACAUCUCGAUCGAUCACAGGCAUGCGUGGAGAACUAGCCCUGUUCAUCCAGUUCAAGACCUGCAAAUGUUGUACAAAUUAAAUAAAUAAUUCCUUGUUGAGCGCGGACACUUACAAGUA